CAGUGAAGGGAGGUGGGGGCUGUUGGUUGGUGGGUGUACUCCUUGUCAUGGACUUGUAUAUUCACCCCAGGGGCUUGCACGCUGUCUGAAGCGAGCGGUGCAGUGCUAUCGGUUGGUUAUUGGUGUUCCUAUUCAGUUAGUGAUUGCUGAUGGUACAGCCCCGCUAAUCCCUUCCCAGACACAUUGCUGGCUCUCUCCAGUGGGCUCCCGUUUACCCAGCAGUUCGACUGUGGACAGCGUUAUCCAGUCAGUGAGCAGUCUCACUGCAGUUUCCUCCCCGCGGUAGUUGAAAUAUAGUGACUGGAACCAAGGUGGGAUAUAUACGGGGCGAAAAGGCAUUGCGGGAAUAGGGCAGACUUACCAUGCUGAGGAUCGGGCGUGGGUAGACUUGUAGCCGAGUGUCUUUUUUAUCAACCAGGAUUUAAACAUUAAAACAAGAGGAACCGGACCAAAAUCGACAUCCACCCUCUCUUCCCACCCCCCCCCCCACAAAAAAAAACAAUGGCGGUCGGCAGAUACUGCCUCGCCAUUCAUCUGCUCCUCACUCUCGCCUCUUGCUGUGAAGGGGGCUCAGUGGUUAACCAGGAUUACAGGACUUUUAAAACGGAUAACCCAGACUGGGUGUUAAAUCACCUAGCGGUGGACCAGAGCACGGGCAGCGUGUACCUAGGAGCGGUCAAUCGGAUCUACAAGCUGUCCAGUGACCUGCACCCUCUGAUCACCCACCAGACAGGGCCGGAUGAGGACAAUCCGAAUUGUUACCCGCCCCGCAUCGUCCAGCCGUGCAACGAGCCGCUGCGGCUGACCGACAACAUCAACAAGAUGCUGCUGAUCGACCAGGGGGAGCGGCGCCUGAUUGCGUGCGGGAGCCUGUACCAGGGCAUCUGCAAGCUGCUGCGGCUGGAGGACCUCUUCAAGCUGGGGGAGCCGUACCACAAGAAGGAGCACUACCUGUCCGGGGUCAACGACAGCGGCUCCGUCUUCGGGGUGAUCGUGUCGGAGCAGGGCUCGGACGCGAAGCUGUUCGUGGCCACGGCGGUGGACGGUAAGCCCGAGUACUUCCCGACCAUCUCCAGCCGCUUGCUGGCCAGCAACGCGGAGGCCGACGAGAUGUUCUCCUUCGUCUUCCACGACGAGUUUGUGGCUUCCCUCAUCAAGAUCCCGUCGGACACCUUCACGGUGAUCCCCGACUUUGACAUUUACUACAUCUACGGGUUCAGCAGCGGCGCCUUUGUCUACUUCCUGACCCUUCAGCCCGAGCUGAUCAACACCGGGCCAGGCUCCAGCCGCCAGCAGGUCUACACCUCCAAACUGGUGCGCCUCUGUCAGGCGGACACCACCUUCAACUCCUACGUGGAGAUGCCCAUCGGCUGUGUCCGGGACGGGGUGGAGUACCGGCUGCUGCAGGCCGCUCACCUCGCCAAGGCUGGCCCGGUGCUAGCCCGGUCCCUGGGCAUUCAGGCCAACCGGGACGACGUGCUGUUCGCCGUCUUCUCCAAGGGCCAGAAGAGGCGCAGCCAAGCCCCCGAUGAAUCUGUCCUCUGCAUGUUUGUGCUGAGCUCCAUCAACGAGCGCAUUAAGGACCGCCUGCAGUCCUGCUACAGGGGCGAGGGCUUCCUGGACCUGGCCUGGCUCAAAGUGAAGGACAUCCCGUGUGUGCCCGCGCCAGUUCCCAUUGAUGACAGCUUCUGCGGACUGGACAUUAAUGCUCCUUUAGGUGGCUCCACUCUCAUGCAGGGCAUCCCCCUGUUCUCUGAGGACCGAGACCGAAUGAGCUCAGUGAUUUCUUAUGUUUACAACGACCACUCACUGGUAUUUGUGGGGACUAAGAGCGGCAAGCUGAAAAAGAUCCGAGUGGAUGGGCCUUCCCAUGGUGCGCUGCAGUAUGAAACCAUUCAGGUUGUGGAGAGUGGUGCCAUUCUGCGAGACAUGUCAUUGUCUGUGGACCGUCAAUACCUCUACGUCAUGUCAGAAAAGCAGCUGACCAGAGUUCCUGUGGAGGCGUGUGGACAGUAUCAGACAUGCAGCGAAUGUUUGGGUUCUGGAGAUCCACACUGUGGCUGGUGUGUGCUCCAUAACACGUGUACGAGGAAAGAUAAGUGUAAGCGUUCCACAGAACUCCGAAGGUUUGCGUCUGACAUCAAGCAGUGUGUCACUCUCACAGUGAGCCCAAGCAACAUCUCUGUGUCACAGUACAGCGUACCGCUGGUGCUGGAAGCUCACAAUGUUCCUGAACUGUCUGUGGGUGUCAACUGUACGUUUGAAGACUUUGCCGAGAUGGAUGGCCUGGUGAUCGGGAACAUGAUCCAAUGCAUUUCACCGGCAGAGAAGGAGGUGCCUCGAAUCCUGACAGACAAAGGAGACCAUCAAGUGGUGAAGCUUCACUUGAAGUCCAAGGAGACAGGCAUGACCUUUGCCAGCACCAGCUUUGUCUUCUACAACUGCAGUGUCCACCAUUCGUGCCUGUCCUGUGUGAACAGUCCCUAUCGAUGCCAUUGGUGCAAAUAUCGACACAUGUGUACACAUGACCCACGGACGUGCUCUUUCCAGGAAGGGAGGGUCAACAUUUCGGAGGACUGUCCACAGCUGCUGGCUGCUGAGAAGGUCCUGGUUCCUGUCGGAGUGGUGAAGCCCAUUACCCUGAAGUCGAAAAAUCUUCCACAGCCACAAUCGGGCCAGCGAGGUUACGAAUGCAUCCUGAAUAUCCACGGGGUGGAGCAGCGAGUUCCAGCCCUGCGGUUCAACAGCUCCAGUGUCCAGUGUCAGAACACGUCAUACUCAUACGAGGGGACAACAAUCAAUAACCUGCCCGUGGAUCUCUCUGUGGUCUGGAAUGGAGACUUCAGCAUUGAUAACCCGGCACACAACCAAGUUCACCUGUACAAGUGCGGUGUGAUGCGGGAGAGCUGUGGCCUGUGCCUGAAGGCAGAUCCUGAUUUCGAAUGUGGCUGGUGCAGGGGAGAUGGACGGUGCACCCUCAGGCAGGACUGCCCUGCCUCGGACGAACAAUGGUUGGAGCCAUCGGGAACAAACAGAAAAUGUACCAACCCCCGCAUCACUGAGAUAACCCCAAUACGAGGACCCAGGGAAGGUGGGACAAAGGUGACUAUCUACGGGGAGAACCUGGGUUUGAGUUUCCGGGAGAUUGAGAACUUUGUGCAUGUGGCUGGAGUUGAUUGCAUCCCAUUGCCAGAGGGCUACAUUCCAGCAGAACAGAUCACGUGUGAGAUGGGGGUGGCCCGACAUAAUCAGCACACUGGCUUUGUGGAGGUCUGUGUGGAAGAGUGUAAGCAGGAGUUCAUGGCAAAGUCGACACAGCUCUACAGCUUUGUGCUCCCAACUCUAACCAACCUGGCACCGAGCAAAGGCCCAGUGUCUGGGGGAACAAUGGUUACUAUUCUGGGCAGAAACCUGGAUGCCGGAAGCGAUGUCUCAGUGAUGUUUGAAGAACAGCCUUGUGUGUUCAACAGGAGGUUCACUGGAGGAAUUAUUUGUAACUCCACCUCUGCACCACGCAAAGGGAACUUCACCGUGGUGGUCGGGGUAGACAAGGCGAGAAUUGAGAAGGAACUAUUAUUUGAGUAUGUGGACGAUCCCACCAUCGUGAAGGUUGAACCAGAGUGGAGUAUAGUAAGUGGGAGUACACCUGUGAUGGUAUGGGGAACAAACCUGGACAUCAUCCAGCACCCUAAGAUUCGAGCUAACCACAAUGGUGUGGAAACAAUCAAUACAUGUACGGUACAAAACUCAACUACAAUGAUCUGCCAAGCUCCUGCCCUGGCCAUCAGUCCGAACCAACAGACAGACAACACAGAGCGUCCUGACGAGUUUGGCUUUAUCUUGGAUAAUGUGCAAACAUUGCUCAUCUACAACAACACAAAUUUCAUCUAUUACCCCAACCCUGUGUUUGAACCGCUGAGCACCUCAGGAGUUUUGGAACUGAAACCCGGGUCUCCCAUUAUCCUGAAGGGCCGCAACCUCAUCCCUUCCAUUGCUGCUGGUAAUAUGAAGCUGAAUUACACUGUUCUGAUUGGAGAGAAACCAUGUACUGUUACUGUGUCUGACACUCAGCUCCUUUGUGAGUCUCCAAAUCUCACUGGACGGCACAGAAUACUGGUGCGGGUCGGAGGUUUGGAGUAUUCCCCUGGGACGGUACACAUUUUCCCAGACAGCCCACUGAGCUUCCCAGCCAUUAUUAGCAUUGGAGCGGCUGGGGGUCUUCUCAUCAUCUUUAUCAUUGUGGUACUGAUCGCAUACAAGAGGAAGUCCCGGGAGAGCGACUUAACGUUGAAGAGAUUGCAGAUGCAGAUGGACAACCUGGAGUCAAGGGUAGCUCUGGAAUGUAAAGAAGCCUUUGCAGAGUUACAGACGGACAUCAAUGAGCUGACCAGUGACUUGGACGGUACGGGGAUCCCCUUCCUGGAUUACCGGGCCUAUACCAUGCGAGUUCUCUUCCCGGGAAUUGAAGAUCAUCCCGUUCUCCGAGAGUUAGAGGUUCCCGGUUACAGACAGGAGCGAGUGGAGAAGGGCUUGACAUUGUUUGGCCAGCUGAUCAACAACAAAAUCUUCUUAUUGACCUUCAUUCGGACGCUGGAGUCCCAGCGAAGUUUCUCCAUGAGGGACCGAGGGAAUGUGGCUUCACUAAUCAUGACCGUCCUUCAGACGAAACUGGAGUACGCCACCGAUGUCCUGAAGCAGCUGCUCUCUGACCUUAUUGACAAGAACCUGGAAAGCAAAAACCACCCCAAACUUCUGCUGAGGAGGACUGAAUCUGUGGCAGAAAAAAUGCUCACCAACUGGUUUACAUUCCUCCUGUACAAAUUUCUUAAGGAAUGUGCGGGCGAGCCUUUGUUCAUGCUGUUCUGUGCCAUCAAGCAGCAGAUGGAGAAGGGACCGAUUGACUCGAUCACAGGGGAGGCACGUUACUCCCUCAGUGAGGACAAACUCAUCAGGCAGCAGAUAGAUUACAAAACGCUGGUGCUGUACUGUGUGAAUCCUGAUAAUGAGAACAGUCCUGAAAUUUCCACCAAGACUCUGAACUGUGACACAAUCACCCAGGUCAAGGAGAAGAUUUUAGACACUAUCUUCAAGAAUUUACCUUGUUCACACAGACCCAAAGCUGCCGACAUGGACUUGGAGUGGCGACAGGGAAGGAUGGCCAGGGUGAUCCUGCAGGAUGAGGACGUCACUACGAAGAUAGAGAAUGACUGGAAGAGGUUGAACACACUGGCACAUUAUCAGGUGACAGAUGGUUCUGUAGUUGCUCUGGUGCCCAAACAAACAACAGCGUACAAUGCUGCCAAUAAUUCGACUGUGUCUCGAACCUCAGCUAGCAAAUAUGAAACCAUGAUCCGGUAUACAGGCAGCCCUGACAGUCUGCGCUCUCGCACUCCGAUGAUCACUCCUGACCUGGAGACAGGGGUCAAGGUCUGGCACCUGGUCAAGAACCAUGAGCAUGGAGACCAGAAGGAGGGAGAUCGGGGCAGUAAGAUGGUGUCUGAGAUCUACCUGACUCGGCUACUUGCCACAAAGGGGACCCUGCAGAAGUUUGUGGAUGACCUCUUUGAGACCAUCUUCAGCACGGCUCACCGAGGGAGUGCACUGCCUCUCGCCAUCAAGUACAUGUUUGAUUUUCUGGACGAGCAGGCAGACAAGCAUCAGAUCCAUGACCCUCACGUCAGACAUACAUGGAAGAGCAACUGCUUGCCACUGAGGUUCUGGGUGAAUGUGAUCAAGAAUCCUCAGUUUGUCUUUGACAUUCACAAGAGCAGCAUCACGGAUGCCUGCCUUUCGGUGGUGGCUCAGACCUUCAUGGAUUCCUGCUCAACGUCUGAGCACAGGCUGGGCAAAGACUCACCAUCCAACAAGCUGCUUUAUGCCAAGGACAUCCCCAACUACAAAAGCUGGGUGGAAAGGUACUAUGCAGACAUUGGAAAAAUGCCAGCCAUCAGCGACCAGGACAUGAAUGCCUAUCUCGCAGAGCAAUCCCGUAUGCACAUGACUGAAUUCAAUGCGAUGAGUGCCCUCAGUGAGAUCUACUCCUAUGUUAGCAAAUAUAGCGAGGAGGUAGUUAAUACGCUAGAAUGUGAAGACCAGUCUCGGAGACAGCGAUUAGCGUACAAACUUGAACAGGUGAUUGCCCUCAUGUCCAUAGAGAGCUGAGUGGCACUACCAAGGAACGCUGGGUAAAAGAAGCCAAGCUGUGCCUGACUAAAGAUGGUCGCCUUUCAAGUGCAAGUUAUGAUUGGUCACAAGCAAAGUCACCUUGAUCAUCUAUCUUUUUCCAUUAUCUCUAUCACUUAAUCUUCUCGCCUCUCUUGCCACUCUCUCUCACCCAGAAUGUUAUUGGAUAUAUCAAAAGGUCAGUGAAAGGUUAAAGCUACGCAAAUCACUUCAUGGUUUUUUAAAAAUAAAGCAGUCAUCACUCAUGUGGAGAAAGAAAAAUUGGCAAGGAACUAAGCACAGUGGUUUUCUCAGCCAUCAUCUGCAGAGGAACAUGAGAGUCUUCAUUCUUGCUGCUGAAGUUCAUGGAACCAGGAAAAACAGAAAAAUCUUCACAUUCUGUGGGAGACUGCCAGUGAUUUCCUUUGGGACAGAUUAAUAUCCUGUUUGCUUCAGCCAAGCAUUUGCCUUGCUGUGUUUUUUGGU